AACCGAAUGCAGCGGAGGGUGGUUGAGGGGAAAGGGUGGAGCAGACAGCGCGGCUUUACAUGAGACGUCUGAGCAGCAAUGAAAGCAGGCGCGAAGGGCGAGAGCGGCAGACGGGGAAGGUAGAGGUGCAGGUGGCCGGGAUUAGGUUUCAGUGCUGCCUCGCGGCUAAUUACCAUUCUCUCAGUGCGCUGAAGGAAAGCAAACUGAAGACUAAGUGAGAUAAACAGCCGAGCGAAAGGGCAGCCGGCGGGCGGCACGGGACUCAAAAGCAGAAGUAGCUGCGAAGGAGCGAGUCAGAGGAACGGGGACGAGGCUGUUCAGAAGCGCGCGCUCGCUGACAGGACAGACAGGACUGGACUCAACCGACGAGUGACAGCAGCCGAGCCGAACCGGGCCACGGAGGCGCCGCUAAAGGGGUCAGAGCGGUCCUGGCAGCAGCGUAGCGUGCCUGGACGUGUGUGCUAUGCAGCCAGGACGACGGAGGUAGAGAGAGAGAGACAGAGAGAGACAGAGAGAGAGAGAGAGAGAGACACAGACAGACAGACAGACAGACAGACAGACAGACAGACAGACAGACAGACAGACAGACAGACCUCAGCUGCUGCACCAUGCUGAUGAAAGAGUACCGCGUAUGCAUGCCCCUCACUGUGGAGGAGUACAGGAUCGGGCAGCUGUACAUGAUCAGCAAGCACAGCUGUGAGCAGAGCGGCGGCGGAGAGGGGGUGGAGGUGGUGACGAACGAGGCCCAGAUCCACCCCCGGCACGGCCCGGGUCAGCUGACGGAGAAGAGGAUCUACCUCAACAGUAAACUUCCGUCCUGGGCCAAAGCAAUCGUCCCGCGAUUCUUCUACGUGACAGAGAAGUCCUGGAACUUCUACCCGCACACCAUCACAGAGUACUCGGUAUCGUUCCUCCCCAGGUUCAGCAUCCGCAUUGAGACGAGAUUCGAGAACAACAACGGUGAUAACAGCAACGCGUUCGGGGACACGCCGACCCCAGCUGAGAAUGUGACUUUCCUGGAUAUCCUGAGCGACCCCAUCCCCGAGAAGCACUACAAAGAGUCUGAGGAUCUGAGCCGCUGGCAGUCAAGGAAGACCGGGCGAGGGCCUCUGCAGAGAGGCUGGAGAGAUGACCACACGCCCAUCAUGUGCUCCUACAAGAGGGUGCAGUGCAGCUUCGAGGUCUACGGCUUCCAGACCAGAACGGAGCAGUUCAUACACAGAAACAUCCGAGACAUCCUGCUCGUGGGGCACAGGCAGGCGGUCGCGUGGAUUGACGAAUGGCACGGGCUGAGUUUGGAGGAGGUGAGAGAGUACGAGCAGACGAUGCAGGAGAAGACCAACAGCAAAGUCAAAGCCAGCCAGAACAGCGCAGGCUUGCUGGCGGCCCCUCGUCCCGCAUACUCCCGCUCCAUCUCCGUGUCAGAUGAGCGCUCGCUACAGAGGAUGGGAGUGACGAUGGCGGCCCUGCCUGACCCGUCCACGUCCUCAGCGCCGUCCAGCCCCAGUCACCUCCAAACCACUCACGAAUGACGCCACACAAACACACACACUGUACAAAGCAAACACGCCGAAACCAAAGUCAACAUGCACAAGAGCCCGUGUGAUGUGGUUUCUCAAACACACCCACACGCAAACGGCGUCAUGAUCGGAAGAUAAAUAGUUUAACCAUUGGGCGAGAACACUCUGUGGAGGAGAACCAGCAGUUAGUCCGGUUCUGUGUAGAGCUAAGAGUCCAACCCUCACAUCUAAGGCCCCUGAAUUAAUCACAUGCGCUCAUGUGACUCAGACAAGUUUAGGCUAAUUUCAUUUACGUAUUUGCACUAGUUGGUGUAGCUUCAAACAGAUUCAAUUGUUAAAGUGUUACUUUAUGAACUUUGGAGCGCUGGUUAUGUUUUGAGGGAGCUGUUCCCAACAUUUCCAGCUUCAGGGUUUUCCAUGUAGAUGUGAGUGGUAUUGAUUUUCCACAUCUUGCUUUGAUAGAGAGCAACUUUUCCAAAAAUUCCAAACUAUUCCUUGAAGAGAGUUGCCAAUGUCUACAUCAAAGAACCUCCAGUGUCACCCGAACGCAGCCCUUCACCUCCUUCUCUCUAGCUCCUCACAAAUAGUCACCACCAGCAGGGCUCUCCAGUUGUUUCCCAGCAGCCAGGCAGCCGUCUACAGACAGAUGCAUGAGGAGUUUAAUAGAGUGGAUCUAAUGAAAGCGAAGAGGGGAAGGUGGGAGGCUGUCAAUGCUAUAGAUCUGCGCUCCUCUCCAGCUCAGCCAAUAGGUCAGACCAGGUGUAUUGACAGAGGGCAGUGAGACGUUGUAUUGGUUCCUUGAUCGCUUAGUUGAGAGCUUCCAAUGGGUCAAGCCAGGGCUAAACUUCAAUUACGAGUCAAUGAUUUAUAGGAUGUUGACUGUUAGCUUCAUUUUUGUACAUAGGGGAGCAUGCAAUUCUCAUCAUUUGUUAUCAGCAAUAAAAAUUGUUGGGUAUGCGAAAAUAUUCAAAUAUAAUUCAACUCAUAUAAUUCAAAACAUAUAAAAAAUACUGUUAUACUGUACAGUUUUUUAUCAAUAAACAAUUUAUUUCUCAAUAAA